AUAGAACACCAAAAAUUAGUCGUCGAGAGAGUUAUUAAUUAUUAAUACCUUUGCAUUGUAUAAUGCGCUUCUGAUUAUUCCUAACAAACGUCCAUUAAAAUGAAUCAACUUUUAAAAAGAAAGGAAAAUUUUAAUUGCAUCACAACCGAAUUUGUUGACGAACAGACAAAUUAGGUUAAAAUAAAUCACUUACCUCAAAAUAAAAUCGGAAUAAUCCUAAACAAAAGGUCUAAAACGCCAUCGUCGCACUUUGGCUGGAACUGCACAACUGCAGAGGCCGAGACCGAGAAUAGGCAAAUGGCUGCUCUCAUUUGACGUCGCGAUUCCGAGGAAUUUGCCUUCCCUACAAGCUGUUUCGUUACGGCCCGGAUUACGAAAAAUUAGAGGUUAUAGCUAGAAUUAACCUAAAAUUUCACUAACAACGAGAGCCACCAUACCGCCAAAACACGAAAACAUCCAGCCAUGUUGCUGAGUUGCGCCGCGCGCCCGCAGCGCCGCCCCCAACGCAUCCGGUUAACUAUUGGGCGGAGAAUUUGAAAACAAAAAUUUAAUUCCAAAGGGCGCCAUCUAUUGACUAACACUCACAUCAACUGGUGCCAAAUUUGAAUGUAAAAGAUGAGCACCUUUGAUGGCAUUAUAAGAGAAAUUACUGGCAUAAGCGUAGAUCGUUUUGAUGGAAAAAAUUUGUAUUCUUCAGCUUUUUUCUUAUCACAUUGCCAUGCAGAUCACAUGAAAGGCCUGCUUGCGGUAGGUUUCCAAGAAAAAUUGAUUUCAGAAAAUCGAUUUUUGUAUUUGAGCAGUUUGUCUGCUAUAAUAUUGCGUAAGCUGGUACCCAAUAUUUCAACACAAAUUAAAGAAUUGCCAUUGGAACAAAUCUCUUCUAUAUCUGUAGAAAAUAAUAAUAUUUCUGUGACAUGUAUUCCAGCAGGUCAUUGUCCGGGUUCAGUUAUGUUUCUUUUUGAAACUAAACAGGUGAAUAUUUUAUGUACAGGAGAUUUUAGAAUUGAUCCUGAAGAUAUAACAAAAUUUAAAUGUUUUUAUGAUACAUUUGGUAAAGUCAAACCCAUAAAUACAAUUUAUUUAGAUACAACAUUUUUCAUGAAGUCGUAUUCAUUUCUACCUACACGAGAAGAAAGCCUUUCAGAACUUUGCAAAAUAAUUUCAAAAUGGAUAUCUUUGAACCCUGAAAACUGUAUUAAACUAGACGUUCGAGCCAAAUAUGGUUAUGAAUAUGUUUUUAAAGAGAUUUAUGAAAAUUUCAAAAUGCCAGUCCACGUAGAUGAAGAGAAAUAUAGUUUUUAUUCUAUAAUACCUGAAUUGGAAUAUUGUGUGACUAAAGAUGGUUCUAAAACACAAAUUCAUAAUUGCCGAUUUGAUCAAAAAGAUAUAUGUGAUGAUAGUAAUAAAGACAAAAUGAGAAUAAUUAAAUUAUCUGCUCUCCGAUGGCGGGAUGAAGAUUUAGUAAGUGGCAUUUCUCAAAUUGAUAAUGACGGCAUAUUUUACGUUUGCUACUCAACUCAUGCUUCUUAUGAAGAAGGACUUGCUCUCAUAAAUUUAUUGAAGCCAAAAAAUAUUCACAUAUGUGUGGAUUGGCUCAAUGAUCCUGAUGCUUCAGCAACCAUUAAAAAGUUGGUGGAGAAUGAAACUAAAAAAGUCAAUAAUAUCGCUGGUAGUAACACAGUAGAGUCGCCAAAACUAUUCAAUGUGGUACAUCCAGAAAAAGGCAACAGUAGCAGACAAAAUGAAAUUUUCAUAGAGUCACCGCGUAAUAAAAUUGCAAGGACUGAUAGUAUUUUAGAUUCGCCACCUAGAUAGAAUCCAUUUGACCUAUUUAUACUUUUAAUUUUUUUUUUAAGAAUAAUUACUUAUGUACACUAACGUUUUUAGUUUAAUAUUUUGAAUAGAAUAUACUUACCCAGAGAGCACACAAAGUCUUGCAGAUGUCUUUUUUUAGGUCUUCAUUGUAUCUGAACGUCUGAAGACGAAAAAAAGACGUCCAUAAAUUCACAUCUUAAGAGCAACUAAGCCACAUUUUGUCUUUAAGAUGCAUUUGAACACGUCAGCAGACGUCUUAAAAACGUCUUGAAUGUCAUUUGUGACCAUCUUAGAGACGAUUUUAAGAUGUCUACAAAAACAGAAUUCCUUUCUCAUUGAAUUUAGAAGUUACUGGAAACUAUUUGAAAUGCAACAGAACACUUAAUAAGCCUUUUGGAAAGUUCGAAACACUUAAAACUCAAUUAAGAAUUUCCAAAAGUAUUCUGUAGCGCUUCAGAACAAUUUGGAAACUUCAGAACAAUUUUAGAAUUGGAGCAUUCUAAAAUUGUUCUGAACAUUCAAAACCCGAUUUACAAUUUCCAAAAGCAUUUUAAAACAGUUCGGCUAAAAGUUACAAAGCGCCUUUCAGAAGACGUUUUUUAAUUGCCAUAGAAACUUCAACUUCUGUGCAACAAUUGUGUAUUUAUUCAAGCAGAAUGAAGUGGCUAGACUACAAAAAUUGCAGAACCGGGCUAUGCGUGUAAUUCUUUCCUGUAGCAAGUAUACACCAAUAAACUCAAUGUUAAGAGUAAUGCAAUGGCUACCGGUUGUGGAAUUUGUAAGGUAUAAUGCCUUUGGUUUUCAUUUUUAAGAUGAUUGGAUGUGCUUCUGAAUACCUUAUAAACAAAAUGGUUUACAACAAUGAAGUGCAUAACUAUAAUACCAGAAAUAGAAAUAGUUUUUUCAUAACUCCAAAGAGUAAAAAAUGUACAAUGAAUUCAAUUUUUCAUAAAGUAUUUAACAGGUUUAAUAACCUACCAGAAGAGAUAAAAAAACUGCACUUCAUUGUUGAGUUUCAAGAAAAAACUAAAAAUUUAUAUGCUAGGUAUUUGUGACAUACUGGAUGGUUGAUCUUGUGAUAACUUUUAAAUUACUGCUUGUAUCGUUUGUGAUUAUUAAGUUUUGUUCUGUUAGUUUACCUAUUUUAUGAAUUAUUUUACAUUUUAUUUUUUACUUACUUUUCAAAAAGUUCAGAGUUAUUUCAGAUCAAUUAGGAUUCAAUUUAGAACUGGAAACCUUUCAGAACUAAAAUCUUGUUUUAAUUUAUAUUGAUGAAUUGUAGUAGUGUAUUUUUCUUAGUUUUAGUUUUAGGUAGUGUCUAGGGAUUCUGUUAAGUAGUAAGUUAGAUAGUAAGUAAUGAUUUUAAUUUUAGUUAUAGUUACCCUUACUUGUCAUUAUCAACUUGCUUGAUGUUUGUAAGAUGUACCACAAAUAAAAUAAAAUAAAAUAAAAAUUCUUCUGAACUAAUUUAGAACACUUUGGAACUUCAAUAUAGGGCUCUAAAAUACUAAAAAAUCUGUCAGAACAGUGUAGAAAUUACUGAAAAACUCCUAAAAUGCUCCAGAACUCUUCAAGCCAAGUUAGAACACUUUAGAACUUCAAUAACCCAUUUAGAACGUUCCAAAACACUUUCCAGCAGCAUUUUGAAAACCUCAGAACUAUUUCAGAGAGCCUAGCGCCUAGAAUAGACAAAAAUUGACAGUUA